UCGUGCGUCAUGCAUCCUCCUCUGUCCAAUAUAAGAAAGGGGCAGGCGCAUUUUUACAGUGUGCUGCACGAACAUAAAGACCGCGCAAUUUUCAUUCAUGCAAGCUGUGCCUUAAAGCUUCAGCCCCGUUUUCUGGGAGCAGCCUGGGCGUUACUGGCUGUGCCAACCAGAGUUACUGCCACCCAACACCGACGGAGACGGAGACUCCGCUUCAGACGUCCAGCGCGCACCGGUCAGUGAGGCGUUUUACUGUCGGUACCAUGGCACCAUCACACUCCCCGGCCAUUGGACCUUCAAGAGUUUCUUAUUAGUGACAGCGCGCCUCUAGGGGAAUCAUUUUACGCACCGGGAGACGCAGAGCGACUGUGGAGAUUGUCGGUCCUCCUGUUGCGCCAUGGAGAACUCCAGCCUGCUGGGCGGCAGCGCACGCAUUGGUGGGAUGGUGGAUUUUCUCAUCUCAGACUCCUUGAAGCAACUUCUCGGUUCCCCUGGGCAGGGUGCAAUUGACGGAUUAGGGGUCACCGGUGGUGCCAAGUUCCUGAAAAGCAGAGGAUACAGGACCUCCGCUGGAGCCGAGUUUAUGGCCGCUCCGCCGACGGAGCCCCCCCACCUGAUGCCCGCCUUCUGGGACUCCCCGCUUAGCCACGGAAUCAAUGUGUUUGUGGGACUGGUCCUUUGUUUUACCAUGUUGGGGCUGGGCUGCACGGUUGAGGUGAGCCAGCUGGGAGAGCAUAUCCGCAGACCCAUCGGGGUGCUGCUGGCUCUGGUGUGUCAGUUUGUCAUCAUGCCCCUGGUGGCCUUUCUGUUGGCUUUGGCUUUCUCUCUGGAUGAUGUGGCAGCCAUGGCAGUGCUGCUCUGUGGCUGCUGCCCCGGCGGAAACCUAUCAAACAUCAUGUCUCUGCUGGUGCAUGGAGAGAUGAACCUGAGCAUCAUCAUGACCAUAUCCUCCACCCUGCUGGCGCUCGUUCUCAUGCCGCUUUGCCUGUGGAUCUACAGCCGGGCCUGGAUCAACACACCAGUGGUCGACCUUCUGCCCUUUGGGGCCAUCAUCCUGACCCUGUGCAGCACUCUUAUCCCCAUUGGUUUAGGGGUUUUGCUGAGGUACCGCUACACGCGUGUGGCUGACAUUGUCUUAAAGGCUUCUCUGUGGUCCCUGCUUCUCACCCUUGUGAUGCUGUUUAUUCUGACCGGAGCCAUGCUGGGGCCAGAGCUGCUUUCCACCAUCCCAGCGUCUGUGUACGUGGUGGCUGUCCUGAUGCCGCUGUGUGGCUACGCCGCAGGCUAUGGCCUGGCCGUGCUCUUUGACUUGCCCCCCAGUAGCCGCAGGGCGGUCUCCCUUGAGACGGGGUGCCAGAAUGUGCAACUGUGCACAGCCAUCCUGAAGCUGGCCUUCCCACCACAGCUGAUGGGGGGGAUGUACAUGUUCCCCCUGCUGUACGCCCUAUUCCAAGCAGCCGAGGCCGGCAUUUUCAUCCUGGCCUACAGGAUGUACAGGAAGAAUGUCCUGCACAAGCCAGACCCCAUGACGGACGGCUACGACACGGACCUAACAUACCAAAGGUUUCACGAUGAGGACUUUGACUCGUCUUACGGUGCGGUGACAGUGAGCGACCCAAACAGCAUCAUGUUGGAUCCCUGCCCCCCAGAUCCAACUCCUGUUUAAUGUGCAGAUUUUAAAUGAGGGGCAGCAGAUUAAGAUUUGCAUAGGCUUGUUUUAACUCCUAAAAGAAAAUACUUGGAGACUAAGCGGAUAUAUUUUAUCAUACACGAGUUGGUGCUUUCUGUCAUAAGCUCAUUCAAGAUAACCACCAAUAUAUUUUACCAUGAAAGAACGUUGACAUAAUCUGUACUAUACAUAAAAGUAGACAUUGUUUAGUUCUUGUGAGCCACGAUUGUGUGUAUGUGGGUUUGCAAGCGGGCGUAAAAGCCAUUUGAUAACAUAUCAGAUUCAUCCAUGUGCAGAUUUCCAAAUAAGCCUGUGCCAAACGAGUGUCUGAGUAAACGGUACUAUAUGUGUAUAUUAUAGACCACUGUAUAAAAGAAAAAAAUUAAAAGAC